AUGGCCGCAUAUGAAGGCUUCCUCACGAGUGUGUAUGCGGGUAAGGAUAUUUUCAGGCCGACCUUUUUCGAGCUCAUCGCACAGGAGCAGCUUAACGAGGUGUUUCGGCCGGCGGUACGAUUUAUUGUCGACAUUUGGAGGGAGAGAACAACAUUUUUUCGAGUGAUUCUGGAUUCAUGGGAAUCAAUCUACAGCCUGCUUUUGCUCCUACUGGAAGGAUAUCACUUGAGGGUCCAUGGUGCAACCUUUGCGGAACAUUUCUUCGGCUUGCGCAGACAAGAAACUGCCAGUGCACGAUUGCUGCCGCUUGAAGCUUUUGAGCGAGCUCGUGAAAGAUCGCAAGCACCACCAUUGACUCGAAGACAGCAAUGGACGUCGUUGUUUGUCGUGGUUGUGUUGCCUUGGCUUUCCAAAAAGUGCAAAGACCGAUUUCGACAAGUGGAAGCGUCAACGCAGCCAAGAAGUUCAAGGGAGUUGCUGUUCUAUCGCUUGUAUCCUGCAGUGCAUGCUUUGGAAUCCCUGGUGAGUCUCACUUAUCGAUUGCUAUACUUGUUCGAACAGACUGAUAUCUGGUCACCUUGGCUUCAAGCGCUGAAUCUCAAGCUGGCACGACACUUUCCAGAUCCUCCGUCAGAAGAUAGCAGCAUGCGCAUCCAAGACGUCUUCAAGAUUUGCGGACAGGCAGCUCUUUGGGGGACUGUGUAUGUUCUGCAGUUUCUGCAAUGGUGGUAUCAACGAGAGCACUUGUUGCAACCAACCCGCCCCAAGAAGGCGCCACCACCGCCACCGAUGCGCUUCCCCUACCCUGAGGGUCGCUUAGAGGGAGCCCGCUUUCGAUUGGUGGUCUUGCCCGAGGACCCAAGGAUUUGUGCACUUUGCCACAGGAUUCGGCAAAAUCCAGCAAUGUCAUGUGCUGGGUAUGCCUUUUGCUACACAUGCCUGGUUCCUCAUGUGCAAGAAUUUGGACAUUGCCCUGUCUCUGGGGAGCAGAUGUUGGGGGAAGACAUUCGGCGGAUACGCGAUGAAGGAUGA